AUGGGUGAUAAUCCUUCGGAAGCUGAAGCAGCUAAAGAACAAAAAAGGAAGGACCGUGGAGCUCGUGAAAGUAAGACCAUUACUGUAGAGACUUAUGCCAGUGUCCUUAUUGGUACCAAUACUGACACAGGCAUUCUACCAACAAGCUCCCGUAGACCUCAACAAGAAAAAAGUGUGUGUGAGGAUGGUGAAACAAUUAGUUUUUUCUGUGGAAACCCUUUGGUAGAGGUUACUAAAGGUGUACUACAUUUAUAUAAAGAAAAUGAAUUAAAGGAGGCUGAAGAAGCGAAGACACUUUGUCUUCUUUCAGUACCAGGAGCUCUAGGUGCACCAGACCUCUUAGCCUUUGCUGCUGCUUGUCAGCAAGAUAUUGCACAUGUGAGAGUUCUUAGGGAUGGUUCACCUGACCACUAUAUGGCAUUGCUGACAUUUCGCUCAUCAGCGGCGGCACGCGAGUUCCACUCGGCGUUUGAUGGAGUACCAUACAGCAGCUUGGAGCCCAAUGCAUUGUGUCAUAUGGCGUGGGUGUCGCGUGUUGAGUGGGCUCGAGAUGGGACACCCCCACCAUCACAUACUGAGUUGCCCACAUGCCCUGUUUGCUUGGAGCGUAUGGACGAGAGCGUGGCGGGCGUGCUGAGCGUGCAGUGCGCGCACGCGUUCCACGCGGAAUGCCUGGUACGCUGGCGCGACGCGCGCUGUCCCGUGUGCCGCUGCGCACAGACGCCCGAGCCUCGAGGCGAGGCCCGCUGUGAAGAAUGUCACAUGGGAAAUUCCCAGUCGGGCGGGGAGUUUACCUCUGACGGCGAGCCUGCGAGGGACACAGAGGACGUGUCGCGUGACGGGCUCGCGGAGGGUCUGCCGGAUGGCAUGACGGGCGGCGCGCUCUGGAUUUGCCUCAUCUGUGGACACGUCGGCUGUGGCAGAUACGAAGGAGGGCAUGCGGCGAAGCAUUUCCUGGCAUCAAACCACACGUAUGCGCUUCAGUUGGGCUCCAACCGAGUUUGGGAUUACGCAGGCGACAACUUCGUGCAUCGGCUGGUGCAGAACAAGACGGACGGCAAGCUGGUGGCGGCAGAGGGUGGGCUGGCGGCCGAUGACGCGGCCUGCGGCGCAGAAAAGCUGGACGCAGCGCAGCUCGAGUUCACCUACAUGCUGACGCAGCAGCUCGACAGCCAGCGGAUGUUCUACGAGGAUAGGAUCGCCAAGUUGGAGUCGGAGCGCAGCGCAGAGUGUUGUGUGCUACGGAGGCGCGCCGCAGCUGCGGAGGCGGAGAACUCGCAGUUACGCGAGCGCCUGCAGCAGCUGCAGCGGGACUGCGCGCAGCACGAGCGUCGAAUGCAGCAGCUCGCUGCCAGAUUGUCGAGCGUACAGAACGAUUUGGCAGAGGAGCGUGGGUUGGCAAGUGCGUUGGCCACCGGCCAAGCGCAAUGGCAAGAGCAGGCCAAGCAGAAGGAGGAAGCCUUUCUCAAAGAGGUGGCAGAUCUGAAAGAGCAGCUCCGCGACGUGAUGUUCUUCGUGGAGGCGCGCGGGCAGCUGGAGCGCACGGAAGCAGCCACGCGGGACGAGAUCGCGUCCGCCAGCGUGUCCGUGGCGGCUCCGGAUCGGCACAAGCCUGGUGCCAGGCGCCGGCGCCGGUAG